AUCUCCAAAGAAUCUGCGCCGCCCUCGCGUCUCGACCAUACAACAUGGUGAAGGCCUGUUCUUGAAGCGCAGAUCAUAGAAGUCCUUUACCGCAAUGUCUGCGGUACAGACUCUGGAAGGGAUGCGAGAGCUCGCCAGCUCUCUAGCUCAAGAUGACAUUCCCGUUAAGCUUCGUUGCGCAACUUGCAAUAAGCUUGUUAUCAGCGCGUUCCGUCUUCCUUGCUGCGACCAGUCUAUCUGCGAAACAUGCCAAACUUCGUUACCAGAAUCAUGUCCCGUCUGCGACCACAGCCCACUAUCAGCUGAGGAUUGCAAGCCGAACAAAAGUCUCAGACUUACCGUGAAAGCUUUUUUGAAGGCAGAGGAAAAGAAGCGGGACAAGGAUCGGGGAACUCCUCAGGCAAAACACACUGAUACAUCUGUUCCGAAUACGGCUGAUGCGACAUCAACACAUCCCUCGCAACAUAAUCCAGCACCGGGCGAAGACGUACCUGGGAAGUCGAUCGAAGAGGAAGCGUUGACUAAUGGGGAAGAUAUCAGCGCGAACAUCAAGAAUGUAGCGGACGUGAGAGAAGAUGGUGGGAGCGCCUUGUCAAAAGGUCGUAGGGAGGAACCUGAGGCAGCGGCUUCCACGAAACAAGUGUCGACGAACGAGGAAGAGCAAAGCAUUGAAGAUAGCAGUGCGGGUGGUGGCGAAAGCAAAAGGACCGAAGAAGCCAACGAAGAUACCACAGCUGAAGAGCAGAAGAAUAGCUGGAGUAUGAACGCGGGGACCACCCAGCAGAUUCAAGGCAAUAAUACUGCUUUUGGGAUGAGCACAGCCCAAGGAGGUUUCUCGAAUAUGGGGUGGAAUGGCACUAAUGGUUUUAACCCCAUGAUGCAAAUGGGUGCCAGUAUGCCAAGUGCUGGAUGGAACAACUUCAAUAUGAUGGGUAUGCCCGGAAUGGGCAUGGACGCAAUGGCCAUGUCCCAAGGGAUGUUCGGUGGCUUUGGCGGACAAAACAUGGGCAUGAACGGAAUGAACGGCAUGAACAUGGGUAUGGGUUUUGGUGGCGGAUUCAACAGUGGGUGGAAUGGACAGAUGAGCAGUGGUGACUUUGGCGCAAAUGCUGGCUACUAUCCCGGAAGUGGAUAUAAUCAACAGUCACACCAGCAGAGCAAUUAUGCUCAUCAGAUGCAUCACCAGCAGUUUCCCAAAAAUAAUUACCAAAAUCGUUUCAAUGGACAGGGAGGCCCCCAGACUCGUGGGUUUGGAAGAGGUCAAACAGGAAACUAUGGUAACCAGAGCAAUUCCGAUGCCCAGGCCCAGAUAGCCGACAUCCCUCAAGGCCAGACCACGACUGACGCAAACUCAAAGCAUGAUGGGAAUAUGGAUCACCAGACAUCUCGGUCUGUUGAACCGUCUCAAUCUGCCACUGUUCUAGGAGACAGUGAAAAACAGCAUGAUGAGCGUCAAGACCAGGAUGAGACCCAACCCGCGGGCGACACUAACAGAGUUGAUGAUUCUACAGUGGAAGUAGGGAAUGGUGAGCCUACUACUAAUGAUGAUCCAGCUCCUGUGCAGCAAGACGAACAAUCCGCAGCUGUAGACGUCGCUCAAAACGUGCCAGUGUCUGAGGACCCUGCUGGUCAGAUGCAAGUGCAACAAGAUCAACCUAUAGCUACGUAUGAGGGUGGUGCAGACUCAUAUGGAAUGGAUGUCAGUGUUAUGCCUAUGGCUGGUCAUCUUGAUGCCAAUGGCGCAUACUCUUACAUUCAAGGACAUCAAGGCGGUCACAUGCCUGAAUUUUCCACCGGCGGUCGAGGUGGCGCACGUGGGUACUACCGCGGCGGAUUCGCAAAUCGAGGAGGUCGUUAUAUGGCCAAUGGCUCAUACGGACAGCAUAAUGCAUCAUUGGCGGUCUCAAAUGGUGAUGUGACAGUAUUGGCUGGAGGUACUGAACCUCCAGGAGUUGGCGUUGUUGGCGCUCCCACCGGGCCCAAGGCCAUGAGAGUAGGGUUACCAAACACUGGCAUAAGUGGUCGUAUAGCGGCUUCAUCAAACAAUAGAUCUGCAUCCAUGAGCGGUUCUAUUGAGCCACCUCGAGAACGUGAUCGAAGGUAAGAGCAGCUCUUAAAUUCCUGGUACGGAACCAACCAUUGACAUGGCGCAGCUAUACCCCAAAACGU